ACCAGCAGUAUUUGGAACUUUUUAAAUAAAAAACAGCCCAGCGUCACUGGUGCUGCUUUCUUGGCUUAUUAAAAAGGCAAGGAUGGGAGGAAGACAAUCCCAUGGUGGGCCGCUAGGCGCCGCCCCGAAGGCUUCAAAGUCAAAGGCAAAGAAAAACCGGAAUCUGAAUGCCUUCGCUAUCGCUGCUCAACAGCAUCCCGAGAAGCUCAAGGUCAGUCGCCAUCGACUAGGAGAAUCUGAAGGUGGCUCGAGACCUGGGAAGCGUGCAAGGGCGCAGGAUGGCUCCGACGAAGACUCUGCCGAGGAAGAACCUAGCAAGAAAAGGAAGGGUCGAUCAAACGACCCAGACGAGGAAGGGAGCGACAGUGAGGGAAACGAGUGGAAAAUGGGACAGGUUGACAGCGACGACGAUAGCGAACUUGAUAGUGAUGACGCUUUUGGAGAAAGUGACGACGAAAAGUUAGAAGGGUUUGCGUUUUCAGGAAGCACCGAAAAUAUGAGGAAGGAACCAAAGAAGAGAGGUGGGGAUAUCAACCUCGACGAAGAUGGAGAUAGUGAAGGGAGCGGUUCCGAUGAUGAUAGUCUGGGCGAGGAUGCAAUUGAUCUUGCUGCUAUGCUUGAUGCUACGGAGGAGGAUGGGCCAGACGACACCGGCCACGCUACAGAAGAGAAUAUGGAAAGCGAUAGUGAACAAUCAUCAGAUGGAAGUGGCGAUAGCGAUGAAGAGAGCUUUGAGACUUUUACGGAUGAUGAAGGAAAUGAUUCUGAUGAUGACCCCGACAAAAUGCUCGCAUUACAAAGGCUCAUCGCGAAUCUUCCUCAAGCCGACGCCUCUAAACAACGCCUCGAUCGCCAACGAAGUGAUAAUGCGAGCGAAUACGCCACCCCCUCAGAUUUUAAAGUCACAUCAAAAAACAAGUUAACUCUUGAAGACCUUGGGCUACCAUCAAUUCAGGAUAAAUUUGUUAAAAGGUCACUCAAGCUACUGGCAGCAGAGGCUAAGAGCGAGGGGGCGAAAAAUGGAGUGUCUGGGAAGCUUGCAGUUCCCUUGACUCGAAGAGAGCAAGAAGUGCUCAAUCGCAGCGCUGCAUAUGACAAGACUAAAGAGACAUUAGAGAGGUGGACAGAAACUGUCAAGCAUAACCGCCGGGCUGAACAUCUUAUGUUCCCAUUACCAGACGCCGACCACUCGUCCAUGAGCAAAAACACCAAACUUCAGCCAACGACUAGUUCGAAGCCGUUCAACGAGUUGGAAACUGCCAUUCAAAGCAUCCUGGAGCAGAGUGGCCUGGCCACUGUUGAUGGGAGGACCGAUGAAGACCAGAUUGCGGAAUUCGAAGAGCUGGAGGCAAAUAAAAUGUCUCUUGAAGAAGUCAAGGCCCGCCGUGAUCAACUACGCAUGGCACGUGAGCUUAUGUUCCGUGAGGAGGCAAGAUCUAAACGCAUCAAGAAGAUCAAAUCCAAGUCUUACCGCAGGGUUCAUCGUAAGCAACGUGAGAAAGAGGAGCGCCUGAACAAGGAUGCUCUUCUGGAAGCCGGUAUUGUGCCUUCGGAGGAUGAGCAGGAAGCCCACGAUCGCUGCCGAGCAGAAGAGCGGAUGGGCUCUAGGCACAGAGGCAGCAAAUGGGCAAAAGCUACAAAGGAUGCAGGACGUGCUGCCUGGGAUGAGGAUGCACGAUCAGCUAUGAAUGAGAUGGCUGUACGCGACGAGGAGCUGCGCAAGAGAAUUGAGGGUAAAUCUUCGCUAAGGGAUGGCGCAGAUAGAGAUGAGGAUCUGAGCGACAGUGAUGAUUUCGGUAGCGACGACGACGAAGGUCUAGGGGAAGCUCAACUAUUGAAUAACCUCGACAACAGCGGCCCAAUCUCAGACAGUGGGGUUGGGGGACGGCUUUCAAACAUGGCAUUCAUGUUAAAAGCGGAUGCGGCGCGGAAGCGAGAAAACGACGAUGCCGUCAAGCAGUUGAGAAGAGAGUUAACCAUGGGAAGUGUCGAGCCAGAGGACGAGCCCCCUGAAGACAUCGGGCGUCGUUCAUUUGGCCCAGGGAGCCAAAAAGCUGCCCAGAAUGGUUCUAAUGAAACGAACAACCAGCAAGAAUCCGACAGCGAGCAUGGCGAAGAACCUUCGCAAGUAACUCAAGAGCGAAAUAAGUCAACCUCAAAGGGUUCAAACAAUGACAAAGAGUCGAGCAGUACCAUGCGUCAUUCUCAUGCACCUAAGCGUGCGGCGGUUUCACCGAUAAUUUCGACCGAUCAGGCGCACGAAGGCGGCGCCUGGUCUCAGGUCAGCUCAAGAAAGAAUGCAGUUGAAUCGUCAGACGCUCGCCGUCGAAAGCAAAAGGCCCAUGCCUCGGGCGCUACAGAUGAGCUUGAUCUUACCAACGUGUCGAUGAUUGCCGCUCCAUUCAAGCCCAAGGGUAAACUUGGUGGGAAGAAAAAAUCCACUGCGGCCGGGAUGACAACCCUACAUGUCUCAUCAGAUGACGACAGUGACGAAGAGGCGGGGCCUAAGUUGCCCUUCGCAAUCCGUGACCAAGAACUUAUUGCGCGUGCAUUUGCCGGUGCUGACGUCGUCGGUGAGUUUGAGGACGAGAAGCGCCAGGUUGUCGAGGAUGAGGACGAGAAGGUUGUCGACAGUACGCUCCCUGGCUGGGGUAGCUGGACCGGAGAUGGAUUGGGAAGGAAAUCUAAGGCACGGAAUAAGGGCCGGUAUAUGGUGAAGACUGAGGGGGUUAAGGAGAAGGACAGGAAAGAUGUGAAGUUGGACAAGGUGAUCAUCAAUGAAAAGAGGGUGAAGAAGAAUGUUAAAUAUUUGGCUAGCAGCCUUCCUCAUCCGUUUGAGACCAGAGCCCAAUACGAGAGGUCCCUCAGGUUACCUGUUGGUCCAGAGUGGACAACAAAGGAGACAUUCCAGGAUGCAACGAAGCCCAGGAUUCUACUUAAGCAAGGCAUCAUUGCACCGAUGUCGAAGCCCCUGGUUUGAGACGCUUUGGAGAUGUUUUUGCUAUAUAAAAAUAUAUUUAGUACGAACAAGAACAAGAUUUAAGAUCUGUAACACC